CCCUAAAUCACCCACAAUAUUGUGAAGAUUUUUGUGUCGUAUGAUCGAGAAUAUGAUGGAUAAUCUAGCCCUUAGUGCGUCUUCUCAAAAACUAGUUUUAGGGUUUACAACCACCCCUCGAACGAAUGCUACAAUCUCCAACAAACCCUUGUUUUGCUCCUUCAAAAUCCCCAAAAGAAGCGGUGCAAUCUACAAGUCCAAAUCUUCAAUUUCAACCCCACUAGCAGUCAACAAAUUAAAUGAUGCAAAGGAUUGUUUUGCAAGAAUCUCAUCUUCCAGCGGUCAACAUUCAUCUUCACAAGCGGGUUCUAUUCUGUUCUGGGUCGGAGUUGGUGUCGCACUUUCGCCUGUUUUUUCAUCGGCCGCUUCAUACUUAAAGAAAUACGCAAUGACCAUGAUAGCGAACAAAUCUGAAACCUCUCAAGGCUCAUCUGCCACAUCAGCAGCGACCGUAGAUGUACCUCCAACUAAAACAAAGCCCACAGAGUCUAAAGAUGACAAUGAAUCAACCAAAGAGCCAAAGAAAUCUGCUUUUGUCGAUGUGUCUCCUGAGGAAACGCUGAAAACAAGUUUUGAAAAGCUUGAAGAAUCUCCAGAGGCUGAAUCUCCAAAGGAUUCUGAAUUCACAAAUCAAGCUUCUGAAAAUGGAUCUGCUUUUAAGCUGAUGGAUAGUGCUUUUAAGCUGAUGGAUAGUCCAUCUGAGGGGCCUUCAUCCACAGGUACAAAAAUUAACGGUAUGUCUGUUGAAGCUUUCGACAAGAUGAUGCACGAUCCAACUGUACAAGAAACGAUCUAUCCUUAUCUUCCUGAAGAGAUGAGGAACCCUACCUCUUUUAAAUGGCUGCUUCAACACAAACAUGAUAUGUACAUAGCUUUGUUUGGAAAAGAAAGAUACUGUCAAGUAGUGCAGGAUAUAGUGAAUGACAAGAAGGAAAGCCCUGAAUGGCACAACUGGAUGAUGGACUCAUUGAAAAAUUUUGAUCCUAACAGUCCUAAGGUCAAGGAACAAUUUGAAAAAGUGGGGCUGACUACAGAAGAAGUUACUUCUAAAAUCUCGGCAAACCCGGAUAUUAUAAUGGCAUUUGAAAACCCUAGAGUUCAAGCAGCCUUGUUGGAUGUAUGUAUGCACGUGCACAUUAUGGCUAGAGUUGAAAACCCUAAAGUUCUAGAAGCCAUCAUGGAUUGUUAUUUGAAUACGAGCAUCAUCAAGUACCAAAAUGACAAGGAGGUCAUGGAUUUAUUCAAUAAGAUGUCAGAACUCUUUCCGGGAUUGACAGGUGCACCUUGAUCAUAGUCUAUUUUGCAACCGAGCGAGUUUAAAGCUGCAGAAGCGAGUGGAGACUAUAAUUUAGCUAUUAUUUGGUGUAUUGAUUUAGAAGCGAACUUGUUUGGUACUUAAAACACAUUAUUUUUAUGUUCACAUGUUUGAUAUAUAAUCUGUUUUAUUAAAA